GUUAUAAUGAUCAUCAUUUACAUAGACAUCCUCCUUCUUAUUAUCUUGCUAGCUCUGAUUUUGUUCACGUGUGGUUACUCUGUGUAUCGAGUUCAUCGGCUACAACAAAACGGACAGGUGGCAAUUUUAUUGAAACCAACAAGGGUAUUAUUUUCUCAUAAGAAAGAAGGAGAAUCUACUGAAGAAUUACGAACUGUGGUGGCGUACCAGAAUCCCUUCACCGGCGACUACUGUAUCCACAAAAGUCGUGCCGGACCGAAAGGCUACAUGAACGCUACGCCAAUACCAGAUUCACCGGACAGCGGCGUGUCAGAUGAAUAUGAACCGAUUAAUCUUGGUCCACAGAUCGAACAAGAUAUGGUUACAGUAAUCGGACAAGAGCUUAAGGAACCACAAAAACCAAUGAACCAAAGCGGCGAUAACAGCGUCAACAAAACAUGGAACUGGAAUUAUACGGAAUAUCAAAUAUAA